AUGACCAAAUUCAUUAUCCCUAAUGAACUCAUUCCUCGCCUAGACACCAUCCAACAUGGAUCCACUAUAAGGCAACGUGGCUGGAUUACAACAAAUGAUUUGAUUUAUAUAUCUCAAGUUUAUAAAAUUGAAUUAUCUCAAUUAACCAAAAAUUUACAAAUUUAUAUAUCGCCACCUCCAAAAUCUUCAUAUACACCUGAAUUUGCGGCUCAAUUGGCCAAACUCAAGAUAAUUCAACAAGAACAAGAAUAUCAAGAAUUAAUCAACAGGGGGAAUUAUAAAUUUGAUAAAGAUUAUAUAUCACCAUCAGAAUUUGCCAAAGAAGUUAAAAAUCAAAUCACCACGAUUGUUAAUAUUUUAGUUUCUGUAUUAUCAGUUGUUUAUGCUAUUUGGUAUUGGACUGAUAAUUAUCAAUUUAAUCAAGGUACAAGAAAAGAUUGA